GCAACACUUGAAACUGUGCAUUCUGAAAUAUUUUGUAAACGCCAAACCCGAUAAGUAUGGCUGCUUUUAAAUCGUGACACAAAUGAGCGGCUGUGAUUGAAAAACACUUUUGGUCGGGCUCUGGAUUCCAAAAUCAAGAUGCAGAUAAAUUUGGUAAAGGUCACUAGAGCAACUCGAUAUGGUCACGAAAGGAUUUUUGUUGUGAUUCUAUUUGUAUAAACCUUUCGAUUGACAAGCAAGCUUUUGAUCAGGAUGCAGAAUUUACCAAAAUGACGCAACUCAAUCGAUCGGAAUGAAAACAGACAAAUCAGACUGGAUCCAAUUUUUUUUUUUUUUUUAAACAUGCACAUGACUCAGAAACAGAUUUUGUUUGUAGUGUAGCUUGUUCUGCAUCCUUGGAACAUAUUUUUCAUGAACAAAUUGACAUUUCAUUCAGUAGUGCUGCAUAUGAUUACAUAACACGUAUAAGUCAAUUCAAACACUCCGGGUUUAAUCAUUCUCUGUCCAGUUUAAAGUUCUGCACCAAUUUUCUGCGUAUCGCUUGUUUGCAUUGAAUGACUGCAUCAGUCGUGAAGUGCUUUCCCCGUCGGCUGCGCGUGCGCGUAUCUGGUUAAUGUGUCUCGUCGGCAAAACUCGAGCUUCAAACGGGACACACAAACAAACAAAGCGAAAAAAAAGAAUUCCGGACUAAACUGGUAAUGUACACUGACAACGCACUCAUUCGUCUUGAAAGGUGAGGGGCGCAGUUGUUGCGUAAGCCGCCCUUUGCCAAUCAGAGCGUCUCUGGCUUCGAACCCUCCCCUGGCUGCCGUGGAUUUAAACAAGAGUUCUGGUCCAAAUUAACGCCUGCCUCAACCCGCCAAAGUCUGAGCAGUCAGGGGUCCACACAGCUCUCGGAAUAUGGCACCCGUAAAGAAGGGAAUCUUGGAGCGCCUCAACGCCGGGGAGGUUGUGAUCGGAGACGGCGGCUUCGUGUUCGCCCUGGAGAAGAGGGGCUACGUGAAGGCGGGUCCUUGGACCCCCGAAGCCGCCGCCGAGCACCCCGAAGCAGUGCGCCAGCUGCACAGGGAGUUCUUGAGGGCGGGGUCCAACGUUAUGCAGACCUUCACCUUCUACGCCAGUGACGACAAGCUGGAGAACAGGGGCAACAAGCUCAGCUACACCGGCGCCCAAAUCAACGAGGCCGCCUGCGAUCUGGCCCGCGAGGUGGCCAACGAGGGCGACGCCUUAGUGGCGGGAGGCGUGUCUCAGACGCCAUCUUACCUGAGCUGCAAAAGCGAGACCGAGGUCAAGGCCAUCUUCAAGAAGCAACUGGACGUUUUCAUCAAGAAGAACGUGGACUUCCUGAUUGCCGAGUACUUUGAGCACGUCGAGGAAGCCGUGUGGGCCGUGGAGGUGCUGAAGGGGACGGGGAAGCCGGUGGCCGCUUCUUUGUGCAUCGGGCCACAAGGCGACAUGCACGGCGUCUCACCCGGAGAGUGCGCUGUCAGGCUGGUCAAAGCUGGUGCUCAGAUCGUGGGUGUCAACUGCCACUUCGACCCGCUGACCUGUGUGGAGACCGUCAAGAUGAUGAAGGCGGGCGUGGAGAAGGCCGGCCUGAAGGCUCACUACAUGGCGCAGCCUCUGGCCUACCACACCCCCGACUGCAACUGCCAGGGAUUCAUCGACCUGCCAGAAUUCCCCUUCGCUCUGGAGCCCAGGAUCCUUACCCGCUGGGACAUGCACAAGUACGCCAGGGAGGCCUACAACGCCGGCAUCCGAUUCAUCGGCGGCUGCUGCGGAUACGAGCCGUACCACAUCAGGGCCGUGGCGGAGGAGCUGGCGGUCGAGAGGGGAAUUCUGCCCGCUGGAUCCGAGAAACACGGCAUGUGGGGAACCGGUCUGGAGAUGCACACCAAACCCUGGGUCAGAGCCAGAGCCCGCCGUGACUACUGGGAGAACCUGAAGCCGGCUUCUGGCCGUCCAUUGUGUUCCUCCGUAUCCACCCCGGCCAGCUGGGGUGUCACCAAAGGCAGCACCGACCUCAUGCAGCAGAAAGAAGCCACAACUAAGCAACAACUCAAGGAUCUGUUUGACCGCUCAAAGAGCCACUGAAUUUAACUAGCGUCCCCCCCCCUCCCCCCCCCCACUCAGACCUGACGGCAAAGAUUCACGUAAACAGCCGCGGACUGACACGGGUGUGAAAACAUCACAAUUUUCACCCUGGUGACCACUCAGGGGCCUGAUCCUCGCUUGAAAUUGGCACUGUUGUGUUCAUCUUUUGAAUAUAAACUGAGUCGAGUUUAUGUGAAGCCACAGUGGCAGCUCGGGUUUGGCGCAAGCCCCUUUAAGAUCUGGACAUUUUAUUUUCCAAGAUACAGGACAACUUUGUAAAAUAAAAACAGACCUAAUGCAACGUGAAUUGGUGUCUGGACU